GGCAGACUCAAGAUGGCGGCGCUGAGGGCGGCGGGGGCGGCGCUGCUGCGGCCCGGGCGGGGGGCGACGGCGGUGGGGGGGGCGGGCUACCACAAGAAGGUGGUGGAUCACUACGAGAACCCGCGGAACGUGGGCUCUCUCGAUCGCAACGCAAAGAACGUGGGUACGGGCCUGGUGGGAGCCCCGGCCUGUGGAGACGUUAUGAAGCUGCAGGUGGAAGUGGAUGAGAACGGCCGCAUUGUUGAUGCUCGCUUCAAAACCUUCGGUUGUGGUUCUGCCAUCGCUUCCAGCUCCUUGGCAACAGAGUGGGUGAAAGGGAAGACGAUUGAUGAAGCAUUGAAAAUCAAGAACACAGACAUUGCAAAAGAACUUUGCCUUCCUCCGGUCAAACUGCAUUGCUCUAUGCUGGCUGAGGAUGCAAUCAAGGCUGCCUUGGCUGACUACAAACUGAAACAGGAUCCAAAGAAAGGAGAGUCAGAGCAGAAAGCAGACUAAUUCCUAAACAGACUGUAGAGGUUGUCCUCAUUCCAGUUCAAUUUGCAGUGCAAUUAUUCUAGCUGUUAAUAGAAUCCUGUGCACUACUCAAGAAGCUGUAAGAUACGCACAACUCAACGCACAACGUGUCACUGGUCAUGUGUGUACAGCCACCCUGGUAGUGCUUAAAUGACUGGAACGUGGGUAUUUCAGCAGCCUGUGUCCUGUCAGGAUUGGUUUUGAAAUGGUGAGAGUGAAGGGCUGCUCUGCUUCAGGGCAACCCCCCGGUAGCUUCUCAAGAGAGAAAGAAUCCUCCUGUUCCAGCAUUGGAAGGGCUGCACUUUUUUUCUUCUGUAUAGUUUUGCCUAAUGUUUUACAAAGAGUUUGGUGGGAAACUUGGUUGCCUUGGUCUUUAUGUGGGUCACUUUGUCAAUCAAUACAGUAUAUAUAAAUCUCAUGUGGUUUGGCUGCA